CAGCAGCCCACUGGCUGCCUGUUGCUGGUUCAAGCUCCUCUGGGUCGAGGCUGUGCUUCCCUGACCGAUGCAGUGCUGGCAUGGGGAGGAGCGCAGGGUUUAUGGCACCUACACACAGGGACAAAGUCCAGGUAGCUCCGUCUCUCCCAGCUCUCCCCUGUCUGCUCUGCUGUGAGACCGCAGGGACACGCGUGUCGUUUGGAGAUGAGCCUCUUUUCACCGGACCCAAGCGCACAAGCUGCACUUUCUUCUGUCGACUAUGCUCAGGAUUUACUGGGGAGCGAUGUGUCCGGCGCUUCCCUGCAGGUGAAGACAGAGGACAGCUGGGAAGACUCAUUCAGAGAGACCUGCCCCAUCUGUGGGGACAAAGUGUCUGGAUACCACUAUGGACUGCUGACCUGUGAGAGUUGCAAGGGCUUCUUCAAACGCACCGUGCAGAAUGACAAGCGCUACACCUGCCUGGAGAAGCAGAGCUGCCCCAUCGACAAGACCCAGAGGACGCGCUGCCCCUCCUGCAGGUUCCACAAGUGCCUCAGUGUGGGCAUGAGGCUCGAAGCCGUCAGAGCUGACAGAACGAGAGGCGGCCGAAACAAACUGGGCCCCCUGUACCGACGGGACCGGCAGCUCAAACAGCAGCGGAGAGGCUUGGACAGCAGCCCUGCCGGCAUCAGCGUCUACGGGAUCAAACUGGAAUACAGCUUCCAACCACAAGGGGGCACCCCUCCCACACCCUCGCCGUCCCCCUGCAGCUACGAGGACUCACAGAGCACAGGCCUGGGCUUCUCCUCCCCCCUGGAAUCACCCCUGCCAGGCUGCCUCCCGGAGCUGUGCGAUCCCUACUGCCAGGAGGUGAAGUCUGAGUGGCUGUGCAGCUCCCAGGUCAGACCCCCCCUGCCCUCCCCCAGCCUCCUCCCCGAGAUGAUGCACUGUGAGCUGGAGGAGGCCGCUCUGCGCGCACGGGUCCUGGGGCACCUGCAGAGGGAGCUGGCGAGCAGGGGCAAGCACGACCGGCUCAACACCUUGGGGAUCAUGUGCAGGGUGGCAGAUCAGACCCUCUUCGCUCUGGUGGAGUGGGUCAGGGGCUGCGUCUUCUUCAAGCAGCUCACGGUUGAAGAUCAGAUGAAGCUCAUGCAGAACUGCUGGGGAGAGCUGCUAGUCAUGGACCAUCUCUACAGACAGGUGGCGCUAGGGAGGGAGGGAAGUGUGCACCUGGUCACUGGACAGCAGAUUGAAGUUUCCACCAUCGUCUCUCAGGCUGGGGACGCCUUGACCAGUUUGCUGUCUCGCUCUCAGGAGCUGGUGUCCAAGCUCAGGACACUCCAGCUGGACAGACAGGAGUUUGUGUGUCUCAAGUACCUGGUGCUCUUUAACCCUGAUGUGAAGGGCCUGGCUGGCUGCUCAGCGGUCGAGAGGGUGCAGGAGCAGGUGAACCGGUCCCUCAUGAGCUACACAGCACAGGAGCACCCCCAGCACCCCGACAAGUUCGGCCAGCUGCUGCUCAAACUUCCUGAGAUCCGGAGCAUCGGGCUGCAGGCAGAGGAGUACCUGUACACGAGGCACCUCCAGGGGGACCUGCCCUGCAACAACCUGCUCACUGAGAUGCUGCACGCCAAGCAGCCCUGACCCUCCGCUCCGCACUCACAAACACACACAUAUCCAUCACAAUGCAGCCCUGACCCUCCGCACACACACACACACACACACACACACACCCAUCACAAUGCAGCCCUGACCCUCCGCACUCACACACACACACACACACACCCAGCACAAUGCAGCCCUGACCCUCCGCACACAUACACACAUCCAUCACAAUGCACCUGCAGAAACUCCUCUUUUCCCUCUGGACACUUAUCACUCUUCCUAAAAUGCACUUUACUUGCUCUUAUUUGCUCCCUAUUUUACUGCAUUUAAUCCUGUACUUUAGAGUACUGUAAUCUGUCAAGUGUCAUUUAAUCUGUAGUAUUUUGUAUUUAAUUAUAUCCUGAUGUAACUAUAACUGACACUGUUAUCUGCUCCAUUAUUGAAUUGUAUUUUGUCAUAUACUUGUACUUGCUAGAACCGAAGUGAUUGUAUUUUAUCUUGCUCUUAAUUGUAUUAAUACUUGUACUGUGAUUCUUGAAAUGUAUUUUUGUUUACGACUGUAAGUCGCCCUGGAUAAGGGUGUCUGCUAAGAAAUAAAUGAUAAUAAUAAUAAAAUGCAGCCCUGACCCUCCACACACACACACACACAUCCAUCACAAUGCAGCCCUGACCCUCCGCACACACACACACACACACACAUCCAUCACAAUGAAGCCCUGACCCUCCGCACUCACACACACACACACACACAGCACAAUGCAGCCCUGACCCUCCACACACACACACACACAUCCAUCACAAUGCAGCCCUGACCCU